GUUUUAGUGAUAGUGCUAGUGAUGGCCAUGAUGCUGAUGCUGAAGGUGUUGGUGAUGCUGAAGGUGUUGAUGUUGGUGUUAGUGAUAGUGCUGGUGAUGGUCAUGAUGCUGAAGGUGUUGGUGGUGCUGAAGGUGUUGAUGUUGGUGUUAGUGAGUGCUGGUGAUGGUCAUGAUGCUGAAGGUGUUGGUGGUGCUGAAGGUGUUGGUGGUUUUAGUGAUAGUGCUGGUGAUGGCCAUGAUGCUGAUGCUGAAGGUGUUGGUGAUGCUGAAGGUGAUGGUGUUGGUGAUGCUGAAGGUGUUGAUGUUGGUGUUAGUGAGUGCUGGUGAUGGUCAUGAUGCUGAAGGUGUUGGUGGUGCUGAAGGUGUUGAUGGAUUUAGUGAUAGUGCUGGUGAUGGCCAUGAUGUUGAUGCUGAAGGUGAUGGUGUUGGUGAUGCUGAAGGUGAUGGUGUUGGUGAUGCUGAAGGUGUUGAUGUUGGUGUUAGUGAUAGUGCUGGUGAUCGUCAUGAUGUUGGGGUUGGUGAUGCUGAAGGUGUUGGUGAUGCUGAAGGUGUUGGUGAUAGUGCUGGUGAUGGUCAUGAUGUUGGUGAUGCUGAUGGUGUUGAUGUCGGUGAUAGUGCUGGUGAUGGUCAUGAUGCUGAUGGUGUUGGUAAUGGUGAUGGAGGUAUUGAUGGUAUUGCUGUUGUGAGCAGUGGUGUGUGGGACGGAGAGAUGAAGAAGAAGAAGAAGAAGAACAGGAGGCGGAGAACGAGGAGGAGGAGAAAAUGAAUGAUGGCAGUAUUGGAGCUGCAAAGAGCCAGAGUGGAAAGAUGAAGAGCUGGAAUUUCCUUCAGGACAGUGAUAACUGUGAUAUGUGAGCAGGUCUGUGGUCCUGAGUGCAAAGAAACAGACGAGGAAAUCACAUCCAUUCUACCAUUUCAUCCAUCUAAAACCACUAUAAUUCUCCUCUCUCUC